AUGACUGGUUUCUCAUCAUUUUUAAUUUCUUGUUUCUUUUUAAUCAAAGUUUCUUUAUCAGCCGGACCCCUUCCACAUCCUUCAAGUCCAUUUCCCGAAACCAAUUCAACAGAUCAACUUAAGAUUAUUCCUUUCAAAGUUCCAGUGACUUUAAUUGUCAUGAGUCAAUGUCCAGAAGCUAAAAAAUGUCAAAAAGCUAUUGAUGAAGCGUUGAUUAAACUUGGUGAUAAGAUGGACGUUGAGGUUGGCUAUGUUGCAAAGUUAAAUUCUUCAAGUCGAUUUGGAGUCACUUGUUUUCAUGGAGACACAGAAUGUGAAGGAAACAUUCAACAAUUAUGUUACAAAGCUAGAUUUCCAUUUUUCAAAGAUUGGUGGUCAUUUAUUCAAUGUCAAACUUCAAAUCCUUUGGGAUCAAAACAUAUCGGAACCAAAAGCUUACUAGAAAAAUGUAUCAAAAAAACUCAUCCUGAAAAAGAUUAUAAAUUCGAAGAUGAUCAAGUUUUCAAAGGUUGUCUUGAUGGUCCAUUAGGUCGUCAUUUAUUAUAUCAUUCUGUUUUACAAAACAAGGCUUCUGCUUCCUUAAAUACGUCUUGUGAAAUCUUAAUCAAUCAUCAACCGGUUUGUAAAAGUCAAUUUUCUCACCUUAAUUCUACUAAUACUACUGCUCAUCAGCCAUAUAAUACAACCAAUCUUAUGAAUGUGAUUGAAAGUGAAUAUAAACUAGCAAAUCUGAUCUAAAAUCAAAGAUAAACAUAAACCAUUCUUUUCCCAUUUAUCAAGAUCUAAAUAUUCUUUCUUGUUGAUUUUGUUCGGAGUUGGUUUCCAUUUGUAUAUAAAAACAAACAAAAAAUGAUUUCUGUAUACUCAAAAA